ACUCACUCUCAAAGAACAUUCGAGAUACUGUUUAAUCAGACUCUGCACUGCAUAGCCUACUUGUGACUACAACAGUUAUUUUCUUGGAGUUGUGAUUUUCUUGAACAGCAUUAAGAGCAGAAGCUGUUGUAGUCUACACAACACAGUAAAACCGGCCAUGGCGUUGACAAGGAUUCUGGGACUGCUGUUGGUGCUGGCAUUGUUUGAGUGUUUAGCAAGUGCAGCGGAAGACUCUGUUGACUUCCCCCCCGGCUGCCCCACAGCUGAGAAUAUCCAAGAGAUUUGUGGCCACAGUAAAACAAGGCCUCGGUACCCCAACCUCCCUAACCAUGGCUACCUUCUACGUGAAGCAGACGUCAUUCACCGCACUGAGGCCUGGUACAGCCAGCAGUGUUGCCAGGGAAACUGGGAACAGAACACGAAAAAGACAGUGUGCUGCGCUCAAAAUGCAUGGAAGAAGGCGCUGGCUCUGCUGUGUGAGGAGGAAGCAAUGAUCAAGACCAGGCAGCGCCAGUGUUGUCAGAUAGAGGGAGCGGCCAGGUGGAGAUGCUUCGACAGCAUGGCGCCCAACCCCUCUUACCAAACCACCACCCCAUACUCUGGGCCUGACGUCCUGCCCAAAGGUCCUGCUUUUAAGUUCCCCUGUACCUGUUCCGCAAAGGAACAGCAUCAUGCAGGGCAAAAAACAAAUUGACAUUUACAAACCGUAUUUCCAAUCUUUGUCACCAUCGCUUACUAUACUCCGCAGGGUCCAUGGGCUCUAAGUGUUUUGCGACUGUCUGCUAUUAAGUGCACUAUAAAAAUCAAUCAGAUUCGGUUGAAUUGUCAUCCGAUCAUCCUAAUUGGCAAUGUUUAGUACUGCUCAGUUUGCAUACAGAAGAUAUUCACAUAUUUUUUACAAUUACUAUGAAAAUCUUCUGUAGAUCGUAUUUUCAUGAAUAAAGUUUUUCUAUCAUCA